AUGAGAAUUAUCUUUAUUCUGGCAUGUUUCCUGGGCGUCGCCCUCGCCUGUGACAUCAUCGUCCAUCUGAAAUCCGACACGGACAAGAAAUUCAGCGGCCAGAUCACCGCUAGUAAUGGCCGGAAGAGUGAACGGUAAAUCCUACAUGAUUCGCAAAUUAUUAACUAUUACUGACGUAUGAGAUCAAAAAGUUUUUAUGAAACCGAAAAGUGAUAUAAAAAACUUGAAAAAUCCUCAAAAGACAAUAAAUUAUUUUGAAAUCGAAGAAGUCCUUCUGAAGCUUGAAAAACUUCACAGGGAACGGAAAAAAUUUACAUAAAACCGGAUAAACUGAUACAAAACCUCAAAAAAACUCUUUUUAAAGCUGAAAAAAACUUCAUAGAAAAACUGAGAAAAAGGGCCGAUUUUGGCGGAUACUUGACAAGAAAAAAAUGAAAAAAACUUCUUUAAGAGCCGAACUUUUUUUCGAAAAAAAGCUUUGAAACUAGCUUUAAAAAAAUUAAAAAUAAGCGUACUGUGGAAAAUAAAAAUAAAAUGCUCGGAUUUCGUAAGAAAAAUUCUUUUUGAAGCCUAAAUGAAGGCUGAUUUUCGAAAAAGAAGAAAAUCAUUUGAAAAUCUCAAAAACGCCCGGAAGCUCACGAAAUGGUUAUCGAUUUUUUUUGAAAAGCUGAAAUUUUCCGGUAAAAAUUGAUAUAACCCACCAAAAAAGCUCAAUUUGAAGCUAAUUUUUUUCUAUUUUUUUCGAGUGGAAAAAAAGGUAAAAAAAUAAGACUGUCAGGCUUAUAAAUACAAAAAAAUAGUCCAAAAAAAUAAAUUAUUCAGCUGGACCUACAUGAAGAAGCUCCAGAAGAACACCUUCCAACAGAAGGCCGACGAGUGCGGAUUGAAGGUUUUUAUUUGAAAAAAAUCCAUUUUUUUAAACAACGUCAAAUCAAAGCUGAUAGAAGCCUUAUCAAAAGCUUAUAAAUUUCAUAAAUUUCUCAAAAAAUUUCGAUUUUUAGGACUGGGAAAUCGCCACUUUCGAUGCGAACGGCAAGCCGGCUCAGACCGUCAAGGUACGUUUUUUUCUCCCCAAAAAUUGUUCAUUACAUUUCAAAAAUUCUUUGAUUUUUUUCAAAUGAAGCUCAAAAAAAGGUCCCAAGUUUACUCAUUUUUUUCAAGCUAGAAAAAAAUUUUUUUGAAAAAUUUAAAAUGACAGUUAGAUGAGCUUCCCGUUUCGCUUCGAAAUAAUAUAAUUUUUGCUUUUUUUAUUUCCCCUGAUCUCUUCGGAACUGUUCAAUAGGGUCGAUUGAUAAAUAUUGAAAAAAAUGAUGAUUUUGGGAAAUUUUAGGUGACCCUCGACGGAAUCGGCCGCGUUACUUACAAGGUAAUUUGACAUUUUUUUUAUUUUUUUAAAAAAAUUCGAAAUUUUUUUAAAAAAAGUGAUCCCUUUAAUAGUCUCAAGAAGACCUUUUUUUCGACUUUUUAAACCAUAUUUUAAACCUCAAAAAAACCUCUGAAAAAUCCUAAAUAUUUGAUUUAAUUCCCCUUAAAAAAAUUACAGGUGGGCGACGACUUGAAGCCGGUGCAGAAGGACCGCCAAGGCGCAAUUUGCAAGGGCGAGUGCGCUCCACUGUAA